UGUAGUUGUAUGCCCGCUUUUGUAAAAAGUUUUUUGUGAAUUUUUCUGUAUUGUAUUAUCUGUUUAUUACGCGUUUUUUUCUUGGAAAAAUAAAAUACCAUUAUGGAUUACGGUAAAAUGAAAGUGGUUGAAUUGAGAGCAGAGCUCCAAGCGAGAGGAUUGGACACAAAAGGAAUAAAAGCAGCCUUAAUAGACCGAUUAAAAGAAGCAUUGGACUUAGAACAGCAGCACGACACUUCUACGGGUGUACCAAUAACACCUGCAGUCUCACAGGAACCGAUAGCGGAAACACCUUCUACUGAAACUCAACAGCUACGACGAAGUAGUCGCUCUCGAACAAAAUCACCUGAGCCGAUUGUCACAAAAAUUCAAGAUCCAACUUUGACUCCACUUGAGGAGGAACCAGAAGAACAGAAUCAAAAAAGUGAACAGUCAUCAACGGUGGAUCAGCAUUCAGAUUCCCAUAUGUAUGAAAAAAUAAUUGAUGAGAUGGAGGUCGACGAAAGCAACAAUCAGGACGACAUGAACGAAGAUGAGCUUUUGGCUGAACCUGAAGAUACGACUAACACCAAUAUCAACACUCAAGAGAAAGCUGAUGAUGAAACUUUACCAGCAGAAAAAGAAAUUCAAGCAUCAGAAGAAAAAGCAACAACAGAUGAUGAAAAUCGAGGUACAAAACGUCGGUCAGAUUCACCGUCGAAAGGCAACACUCCAAAAAAGCGUCAAAGACUUCCACCACCAAACAUUGAAGAUUUUGUCAAUGAUGAAGAUGAACCAGAACUGGACGAAACAGCACUCCAACUUUCAUGGUUCGAUUCCGAUCUCAAUUUGAAGAUAAAUCCGCAGUCACUGUCAGAUACAGGUUUGGCGUUAGUGUGGGCUGGUGCUCGAGCUAAUUAUGGCGCUUUAAAUAAUGGAAAAUACUUUUACGAAGUGCAACUCGUGGCAUUCAAUACAAAAAUAAAUUAUCCCAACGAAAGGAAUCUCCAUGAAAUCCGUUGUGGUUGGGCAACGACUGAUACCAACCUUCAACUUGGAGAAAGUCCGACGUCAUUUGGUCUCGACUCUUCAGGAAAGAAAUGUUGUAAUUCGGAGUUUACAAACUACGCUUCCAGACUACAUGUCGACGAUGUUAUUGGCGUUCAUUUGGAACUUAAUGAAGAAAAAUGCUCAAUUCAGUUUACAAUCAAUGGAAAAGAUCAAGGAAUAGCGUUUGAUUUCGAGAGAACACUGCUAAAUGAUCGCGCUCUUUUCCCACAUGUCUCAACAAAGAAUAUCGAGUACAAAGUGAAUUUUGGACAAAUUGAGCCUUCAUUAUGGAGCUUAAGUCGUGACAAAUACAAGGAAAAUGAGCUUAAACGAAAACGCGCUGAAUUGGAGCGAAAAAAGAAAGACUUUGAGAAGAAACGCGAGGAGAAAUUAAAGAAAGAAGCAGAAAUGGCUAAGAAAGUUGAAGAAAAUCAAGAUGCCGAAGCUUCUAGUGAAGCACAACCCACUGAAGAAACUGCAAGCGAUCAGCCACAACCAGUAGCUGUUCCAGAACCUGUAGAAGAAGAAAAGAAAGAAGAAGUCGUUGAAGAGCCACAACUUCCAGAUGAAAUUACCGAAGAUGAAAUAAAUCAAGAUACUCCGAUUGAAAAUAUUCUGCCAGGUUUUUAUUUCAUUAAUAAAUAUCCAGUCAAUCAGCUUUCGAAAGGACCACGUCGAUCAGAAGCUCGAACUGAUUGUGAAGUUAUCAUGAUGAUCGGCUUGCCAGGCGCUGGAAAGAGUCAUUGGGCUUUAGAAAGAGCUGCUCAAUUCCCUGAAAAGCGUUACACUCUUUUGGGCACUAAACAUCUUCUUGAACGUAUGAAGAUUCAAGGAGUUCCACGUAAGCCUGGCAGUGGCCCAGGAAGAUGGGAAAAACUUAUCGAGUUGUGCAAUCGAGGAUUGUUGACUUUAAACGAAAUCGCUUGUCAACGGCGACGAAAUUAUAUUUUAGAUCAACCCCAUGUUUACAUUUCUGAUCAACGACGCAAGAUGCGAGUUUAUGGAGACUUCAAAAGAAUCGCUGUCAUUGUCGUUCCAAGUGAAGAAGAUUACAAGAAACGUUUCAAGCAACGUUUGGAUACUGAGGGAAAAGACAUUCCAGAAUCAGCUGUGAAUGAAAUGAGAGCGAACCUAACACUUCCCGAACUUGAGUAUCAAUGGUUUAAUGAAAUUAUUUAUGCUGAUAUGGAGAAGGAAGCAGCACAAACUGAAGUGAGCAAAGAGAAUGAACGUGGAAAGAAAGCACUCAGUCAACGCAAUCGUCAUAAUGACUUUAACCGUGGCGGUGGACGAGAUUUUAACAACAGAAAUGACAGAAGAUGGGGAGGAAGAAAUGACAGAAAUGAUUUUAGAAGAAAUGACAGAUGGGGUCCACCAAAUCAAGGACACAGAGGCAACAAUAUGGGUGGCGGUUAUCGUCGCGACUUUGAUUUUAAUUCAAGAGGAGGGAGAAAUUGGAAUGGGCCUGAUAACUGGAUGAAUAGACCACGUCAAGGAGGCUAUGGAGGUGCGCCACCACCACGUCCUGGAAGAAAGCCAUCAGACAACAGAGGAGGCAACCGAGAUCGUCGUGAUUUCCGUCCACAACAACAACAGCAACAACAACAACAAGGAACCGGAAAUAAUAUCAAUCGAAAUCGUGAUCGUCGAUCGGAUGGAAAUAAAAAGUUUGGAAAUAAAAAUGAUUGGAAUUCACAAGGAGGUUCAGGUGGAGCUUGGGGAAAUAAUAAUUGGGGAAGUGGAGGCAACAAUUAUGGAGGAAGUCAAGGCGGUGGAUGGGGAAAUAAUCAAUGGAACCAAACUCAAUACGGUGGUUCUAACUCAGAUGGUUCGAGCGAUGCAAAUCAACAAUGGUUGGCUUACUAUCAGCAAACACAACAAGCUGGUCAACAAGGUUGGUACUCCGAUCAAAAUUAUGGUGGCGCAUUCUCAUCAAAUUCUUCGUAUGAUAAUAAUCAAACCAAGCAAUAAUUUGAUUGCUAAAUUGAUCGAUCUUGCUUCUCUUACAUGACGUGUACAUGAGGAUUGGUUUCUCUAUCCAAAUGUUUAAUUGUAAGCGAAACAAACAAACAAACAAACAAUACAAAAACACUAAAGUAAUUUUCUUUCAAUAAAAUUAGCAUCCUUAAUUACGCUUCAUAUGAGUAAAGCAACAGAGAGAGAAAAGAAAUUAAAUUUAUAAGUUAAGUACAAAGAUUUUAUGAUAUCAAAAGCAGAAGAUACAAAAAAGACCCAAACAUUUGAUUGAAUCGCCACAUGAAUAUGUAAUAACUUACAUCAGUUUAUAUUAUUUAAGAUAACUAAAUUACUUCACAUAGCUGAGGUUGACUAAAAACGAAAUUUCACGGAGAAAUUUCAAUUCUGCUUUAUUAAUUAGAAAUAUUCUUAUAGAGUUAGUGUUUGUCCAAAAAUGAAAAAUAUUGUUUCAUUGUAGCCAGAUUCAUUCUCCAGGCAGGGGGUUUCUUUUUGUUUGUUAUUUCAACUACAUUUGACGAUUAGAAGAGAUAAGUUUUGCAUUCACUUUUCCUUAUAUAAACAUUAAUUAGCACUAAUCGGAAUAAUAUUUAAGGUCUUAACAUGUAAUUGUGACGACAAAAUAAAAAGAAAAAAAAUAAAAUCUUUUGUGCGAAAG